AUGAGCGAACCUGUUGCAGAAACUAAACCAAGCAUUGAAAAGGUGCCACAAACCCCAGCUGGUGGAGAUGAAAAGAAAUUAACUAAUAAAGAAUUGAAAGAAUUGAAGAGACAAGAGAAAGCUGCUAAAAGAUCUGCUAAGAAACAAGCAAGUGGUAUCUCUGUAGAACAACAACAAUCUCAAGCCCAGGCUAAACGUGACAAGAAACAACAUCAGAGAGAGAAACAACAACAAGAAUUGAAAAAGAAGGAACAACAACAACAAAAGUUGUUAAAUAAUAAGAAUGUGAAGAAAACGUCUCUAUUUAGUCAUCUCGAGACUACUGAAGAAAGAAGAGCUACACUUUUAGCCAUCGGUAGUGCUUUGAAUUCUCCAAGAGCCGCAAGAAUCACUGCAGCUGGUCUUAUGGUACCCGUUGUGGCAAGUGCAUUGUCUGGUGCUAAAGUCUAUACAACAUCCAAUCUUGCUAACAAUAUCUCAUCGGUUCCUGAUACAAUUAAUCAACCUGCUGAUAGUUCGGAUAGUACUGUGAGCAAUAACGUUGAUUUAGCCAAGUCAUUAGCUAGUAUAUCUUUGGAAAGCAAUGAAGUUAAUGUUGUCCCAGGUGUGUCAUCUAUUAUUCCUCAUGCUUUAAAAAAAUCCUUAGAAACUCCUGAAUUAGUAUCAAAUAUUAAGGAAUUAUUGAUAAAUAAGGACUUUAUUCAUCCUGUGAUCUCUUCAUUGACGUUUAAUCUAGCUAUUUAUAAAAUUGUGGGCUCUAUUCCACGUUGCAUUGCCAUGCUGGAAGCAUUCCAAAUUGUUAUUCAGGAUUACAAAACUCCAAAGGGUACUACUUUAUCCCGUAAUCUAACUAAUUACCUGUCCCACCAAAUCGAUCUGUUAAAGAGGGCUAGACCAUUGAGUGUCACUAUGGGUAAUGCAAUUAGAUGGCUAAAACAAGAAAUCUCUCAUAUAGAUCCAUCCACUCCAGACAACGAAGCCAAAUUGGAUCUAUGUGAAAAGAUUGGUCUGUUCGCUAAGGAAAAAAUCGAAUUAGCCGAUCAAUUAAUUAUAGAAAAUGCAUCGAACCAAAUAGAAGACCGUUCUACAAUUGUUACGUUUGGUUCCUCUAAGGUUCUAACUGAAUUAAUAUUACAUAACACAAAUGUUCUAAAGAAAGAUUUAGAAGUUAUUGUAGUUGACUCUAGACCAUUAUUUGAAGGUAAAAAAAUGGCCACUGUUUUAAGAGAAAAUGGUGUUAAAGUUAUUUAUACCUUGAUUACCAGUUUGGAUACCGUUUUCAAUAUGGGUGUUGAUUAUGUCUUUUUAGGAGCACAUUCUAUCCUAUCUAAUGGGUUCUUAUACUCUAGAGCCGGUACAGCUAUGAUUGCUAUGAGUGCUAAAAGAAGAAAUAUUCCUGUUUUGGUCUGUUGUGAAAGUUUGAAAUUUUCCCAAAGAGUACAAUUGGAUAGUGUAACGUAUAAUGAAUUGGCUGAUCCAAAUGAUUUGGUACCUAUCGAUUAUGAGAGUCCAAUGGAAAGACGUAGUAAUAAAGGUAUAUUGUUGAAACAAUUCGUUAAGGAACGUCACGAAAAUAAUGUUAGAAUAGCAAAGGAAAACGCGCCAAAGGGUAACAAACAGCAACAGCAGCAACAAAACAAUAAAAAUACCAAAGAUGAGCGCAACAAAUCUGAUGAAGCUAAUGGUAAAGAGUUGAACUCUGAACAAUCGGAAAAUGUAUUAGACGACUGGCAAAAAUUGUCGUCUUUGAACAUUGUCAAUAUCUUAUACGAUUUGACACCACCAGAAUACAUCAAGAAAGUGAUUACAGAAUUUGGUGCACUACCCCCAUCAUCUGUUCCUGUAAUUUUGAGAGAAUAUAAAGGUUCAGCAUAG